AUGCCUCCAACCACCCCUUCCAUCGAAACCCUUGUUUGGUCUUUGGUUCCCCAAGCGAGGCAGAAUGAUUCGUUGGCGAGAGAAUUGGUUUCCCACUGUGAGGAUAUCUUGAACAGUCACAUUGGUCAAUCUAGAGAGUCAGAUAUUGGUCAUCUCGCAGAGCUCAUAAAGCGCAAUCUCCUUCAGACCCACCCUGACGGUGUAUCCUCAUUGCAGUUCACAAAUCUCCUGGCCCGUCUUCUUGAACAGCCAGUUCUGAAUCGAAAACAUGCUUCUCUACUCUUCCUUCAUACCCUCUCGUCAUCCUCCCAAACAUCGACAAUCAAAUCAUCGUUCUUACCUUCUCUUGCCCCACCACCACCCUCGCGCGUGACUCCUUCACCAACGCCUGCAGAGAUACCUCUCAGUCCUCGGAUACCGAAGGGGAAGUCGAAAGCGGAACUAUUGCGAGAGCACAGAGCCAAGACUGGCAGACCCCAUAUCGCAGAAGAACUUCUUUUACGCGAUACCCUCUACCUCUUGCAGGGGAUUUCAGGCAAAUACAUCCGGUUCUCUGAGAAUAAUGAUGCAACGAAAAUGAAACUUAUUUUUGUCGAUGAACCUCGAUAUAUUAUAUCUGCGCCCACCAAAGGCCUCAUACACAGGCUGUCCGAGGUCGGGCAUCUGUAUACACUGGUGGAUGGCUUCGUGCGAGAUCGCGAGGGAAAACCAGGCGUUGGAAUGAUAGAACAGAGUCUCUGUCAUCACCUUCAUUCACAGCUGACGGAAUAUUACCGCCUUAUCGCCGUUCUUGAAUCUCAAAUGGCGACGUCGUUGAAGGUGUCGGACCCAAACGACAGGAUUUCGAGAACGAAGGGCGCCGACGAACCAAAUGCCCGUGCAGAAGAGAGCGGUCUGACUUUAAAGCGCCUAGACGUAUGGGUUAAUGACUGGCGGCUGAGAAUGCGUAUGAUGAGUGUGUGUGUUGAAGCAGCACGAGAUACACAUGGCGGCGCUCUCGUGAACCUGAUUCACAGUUACACAGAAAACGGAGAUCCGUUUGUUCGACAUUUUACUGAUCAACUUUUGGAGGAGGUUUCCAAACCUUUCUUCAGCACAUUACAAAAAUGGCUGUUUUCUGGUGAACUGUAUGAUCCGUACUCAGAGUUCUUCGUGACUGUAGACCCAGAACUGGCCCAUCUACAGUACGUAUAUCCAUCUGCACUAUCAGAUGGGUUCGGUCAGCUUUCCGGUGAUGGUGGCUUUGGCGGAUUGGGUGGUGAUAACGAAGACAUCUCUGGAGAGAGGGAAAGCGGCCUACGACUAUGGGAAGCUAAGCAUCAAUUCCGCAAGGAGAUGCUGCCUGCCUUCGUUGGAGAGGGGUUUGGUAGGAAGAUCUUCUCCACUGGAAAAAGCUUGAAUUUCAUCCGGUACAGCUGCCACGACAUCGAUUGGGUGGCCACGCGGGAGAAAUUGGGUAACUCGAGCGGUACAUUGCAAUACAGUGAUAUCUCCGGGUUGGAACGUUCUAUUGACGCUGCAUAUCGUAUUGCUAGCCAACGCCUUUUCGACAUAUUCUUCGAGAAAUUCCGGCUGUUGGACCAUCUUCGAGCAUUGAAGAACUACCUGUUCCUUGGCCACGGGGACUUCGCCGAUCAACUAAUGGACGCUCUAGGACCCAAUCUCUCGCGACCAGCGAAUACUUUGUACCGGCAUAAUCUGACCGCUACUUUGGAGACUGCCAUUCGUUCAUCUAAUGCUCAGAACGAUCCCCCAGAUGUUCUCCGCCGUCUCGAUGCUCGUAUGUUGGAGUAUACUCACGGGGAGAUAGGAUGGGAUGUCUUCACACUGGAGUACAAAGUAGACCCUCCGCUUGAUACCGUACUGCAUCCGGACACUAUGGUCAAAUAUCUGAAACUGUUCAAUCACCUUUGGAAGAUGAAACGCAUCGAGAGUACAUUGACGAAAGGUUGGAUGAGAUUUGCGAUCGGGACGAAGACAUUCAUUCACAUACCCGAACUGGAACAGGAAUGGCAUCGAAUCAGGAUCUUUAUGGCCGAGAUGAUCCACUUCAUUAGGGAGAUGGAGUCGUACUGUCAAUUGGAAGUCAUCGAGAUUUCAUGGAAGGGUUUGGUGGACUUCAUUCACGACAAAGAAGGCGAUUUGGAUGCAUUGAUCGAGGCGCAUCGGUCAUACCUUGACAAGAUGGUGAAAAAGAUCUUGUUACUGAGUCCGAAAGCUGGUAGAGAGGAAGUUUUACUCGCUCAGGUUCGCGAUACGUUUACAACCAUCUUACAGUUCCGUGACGCAACGGAUAUUUUCUACAAUUAUUGUCUCACAGAGUCGGCGCGGAGAGACAGUGAACACGACGCCAAACGAGGCGUUUAUACAGGAAGCAAAAGGCAUCACACGGGAGAGUCUUCUGACGAACUGCGUCGCAUUCUACAGCAAGUCAGGGAAUAUGGCAGCUCAUUUUCGGAGAAGGUGCAGGGGAUCGUCCAUGGCUUGCAAAGCCACGCGGACCUUGAUUGUCGCUUCCUCGGUAUCAGACUGUCCUUUUCGGACUUUUACAAGUCCAGGAAAGAACAACCAAUAUCACAGAGAUCGUGA